AUGUCUUUACGAACUCUGACCGAAAGAAUAUCUCUUACCAAGACUAAGAUGCCUGCAGUCACCGUAACGAUGGAGAAUAUUGACCCUCACUACCGAUCCGAAGCACUCACCUAUGCGCCUUGCAAUCAGCAGAGUCAGUUCCACAAGCUGAAGUGUGGACACACAGUUCGCACUAACCCGGGCGCUCCCUGCGGUCGAAACUGCUCCAUUGCCGAUCCUGAAGACUCUUUCAUCUGCCACAUGUGCAUCAUCUUGAUUUACGACCCGAGCCUCACUGAAGACAACUGUUCAAGCAACAUCCGGUACAUGCUCGGCGACUUAGGUAGAUGGCAGAUGGCAGAUGCGGAGGAAGAUAUCGCAGAGCAGAUGGCCAAGGGCCUGCGACCGUCGGAUCCGGCCAAGGCCCAGGAUUGGCUUGGUGACUUCUUCAAUGAGUACGGCGAUGCUUACACCGAGAAGAAGGUGGAGAAGAAGAUGGUGGAGAAGAAGAUGGUGGAGAAGCAGAAGGUGGAGAAGCAGAAGGUGGAGAAGCAGAAGCAGAAACAGAAGCAGAAGCAGAAGAAGAGGAAGCGGGUUUUGGAAGAUAGGCGUAGUAUUUUGUCCGAAAAUGCUGUUCGCAACGAUAGGGAGGGUCGGACUUUGAGCGGGAAGCGUCAACGAGUGUAG